ACCGAUAAAGCAGAACGGUAUCUUUAAUAUGCACUUUCCCAUAGGAUAUAAUAAUAAUACCUUUUAUGUAUCAGUUUGUGGGGACGGGAGGGGGAUCAAUCCUACGACCCAUCGCACCUCAGGCGCGAGCACUACCACUGAGCUACACCCAGCCCCGCCCCCUUUUUACCAUAACAUUACGAUCGAACACGAUUCGCCAUCUGCCUCGGAUUGGGCCCCUGGCUUCCCAGAGACCGAACCCUGGGGAGGACAUGCUCGAAACUUUCGUGGUAUAUGAGCAUGCUAAAGUAUAACGCACGCACACGAUUCGUUUUAAUUGGCUCUAUCUAUUAAUAGUAUUAAUCUGGAACAGAGCGGGAUUGACGGGAAGUACAAAAUUCCAUAUCUAAAAAUAGAUAUUUCGUAUUACAUCAGUACAGUGUAUUUUUGAUUCUCGGGAAAUUUUAACUUUCAGAUACAUAUAUCGGAUGUCGGCCGUGUCCGUUUGGUAGGCUGCUGGAUAAAAUACGAACGUUGGCUUGAUGGACGAAGACUGCCACUGGACGUUUUUCUGAUUGUCUUUAUUCUGGAAAAAAGGUUCACCCUGUUCUUGACAAGGGAUCCAGAAAUGUGAUGGAGGAAACCAGUGCAGGGAUAGCCAUAGUAGGCAUAGGGUGCCGCUUCCCUGGUGCAGACAACAUCGAUGAAUUCUGGCGGGUUUUAUCAAGGGGAGAAAACCACGUAAAUGAAAUCCCCCUUGAGCGUUGGAAUCUCGAAGCAUUUUACGACAAAGAUGCCGACGCUCCUGGGAAGAUGUAUGUCAGAAAAGCUGGACUUUUGGACAAAUUUGACGAGUUUGACAACAAGUUGUUUGGUAUUAGUGACAAAGAGGCGGAAAGGAUGGAUCCACAACAACGAUAUGUCCUUGAGUGUGUGUUUAUGGCACUACAAGAUGGUGGAAUCACCAGGGAGAGCAUUCAGGGUUCAGACACCGGAGUCUUCAUAGGUGUUAUGAACGACGACUACAGCAGACUGAGUUCUAACGGUGAUUUCAACAACUACAGUCUAACGGGCGGCUCAACUAGUAUCAUUUCAGCACGUGUUUCUUACACGUUUGAUCUCCGUGGACCUUGCAUGGUAAUCGACACGGCGUGCUCCUCAUCGUUACUAGCCAUCCAUCUUGGUAGUCAGGCACUUAUGUCAGGUGAUUGCAAGAUGGUCGUGUGCGGUGGGGUGAACUCUCUGCUGACUCCCAGAACAUUCAUACAACUCAGCAAAGCCAGAAUGGUCUCGCCCACUGGACAGUGCCAAGCUUUCUCUGCUAAUGCUGAUGGAUACGCAAGAGGAGAAGGAUGCGGAAUUGUUCUUUUGAAAAGACUGUCUGAUGCAAUUACGGAUGGUGAUAAAAUAUGGGCAACCAUUGUAACAGGCACAAACCAAGAUGGGCGAGCUGUAACUCCAAUGAGUGCACCUUCUGGAGAACAACAAGAAAAGCUACUGAAAACUGUCUACAAAAAAGCUGGUGUCGAUGCGAGUGACAUAGACUACAUUGAAGCACAUGGCACUGGAACGAAAGCUGGAGAUCCCGUGGAAGUGCAAAGUUUAGGAAAGUUCUUUCUAGACACUCAAGUAAAGAAGAAGCGGUUCAUUGGGUCUGUUAAAACAAACAUAGGCCAUCUUGAAUCUGCUGCUGGUGUAGCUGGUGUUAUAAAGGUUUUGCUCAUGAUGAAGAAUGAGAAGAUUGUUAAAUCAUUAUUAAUGGGAGAAAAGAAUCCAGACAUUGACUUUCAAAAGUUCAGUUUUGAAGUACCAACUGAGCUUACAGAUUGGGACACAUCACGAAAACUGGCUUGUAUCAAUUCAUUUGGUUUUGGUGGAAGUAACUGCCAUGUUGUUCUUGCAUCGAAUACUGAAAUGACUAAUGACACCAUGGAAAACAAUAAGUCAAAUGCACCGUUGUUGUUUUGUUUUUCUGGACAGGAUGGAGAAGGACUCAAAAAGAGUAUUAAAGAUUUCAUUAUUUUUGCUCAAACAGAAACCAGCAAGAUUUUGAAAACCAUAUCAUAUUCAUCAACGGCACGACGCGAUCAUUUUCAAUUCAGAAAGGCUGUUACUGCUAAUUCCAUAAACGAUCUAGUUGGCAAACUGAAACUUGAUCAGUUCUUAGAAACCUCAAACAGACGCAAAAGAGUGAUCUUUGUGUUUGGAGGAAUGGCUACAGCAUGGAAAGGAAUGUGCAAGGAACUCAUAUCUGAAUUCAAGGUAUUCAAAGAAAAGAUCCAAGAAAUUGACAGUUGUUUAAGGUGCUAUGUUUCUUGGUCCCUCUACGACAGACUUCUAGAUGACUACAAUGUAGAUGAUACAAUAUUUGGGCCCAUAGCCAUUUUUUCAUGUCAGGUAGCACUGGUAGCACUCUGGAAACAUUUGGGAGUCAAACCAGACUGUAUUCUUGGGCAGAGCAUUGGUGAAGUAGCAGCUUCACAUGUUGCUGGCGUUUGGUCACUGAGUGAAGCAGUGAAAAUUAUAUUUCAUCGAACCUCUGUUCUGGCAAGUUCAACAGGUGGUAAAAUGCUGAUCAUACACAACUGUCAAGUGACUAAAGUUGAACAAUUGUUGUCUGAAUAUAACGGUAGGGCAAAUAUUGGAUUGUAUUACAGUCCCAUGACAUGUGCUGUCAGUGGAGAUGCAAGUGCUGUUGAGGAGAUUGAGAAAUAUCUUCUUACUGUAUCAACAGAAGAUCACAAUGGGCUACGUUUUCAUUAUCUCAAGGUUUGUACUGCAUUCCACAGCCACCAUAUAGAAGAAGAAAAAGAUCAUCUUCAAGAUCUGCUGCUCGGCAUGUUAGGGUCCAGUCCAACUACAGAAAUUAUCUCAACAGUUAGUGGUGAAAAAGCACAAGACACAGAUUUUUCAACAAUGGAGUACUGGGGGAAAAGUAUCCGGGAGCCAGUUCAAUUUGGCAAAGCCGUUGUCAAUGCUAUUGAAAAGGACAAGUCUAAUGUGUUUGUUGAAAUUGGUCCAAAGCCAGUUUUGAGUGCUCACAUCAAGGAUUUGUUUGUUGAUGUUCAUAAUAUUGUCACCAUUCCUUCAAUAAAACCAAAUUAUGAACUUAACUGUGUCAUCGAAUCUGCUGGCAAAAUGUAUGAACGUGGACUCAGUCUUGACUGGAAUGCAUUGUAUGAGGAAAGACAACCGAACACAGAAUCACCCAAGUACAGUUUCUGCAGAAACAAGUGUCUGUAUAUAUCUGAAGACAUCCGUCAAGAACUGAUGGGCAUAAUAUCAAACAACAACCACCACCCUUUCUUUAAAACAGUUCACAGCAAUGGUUCAAGCUGUGAACAUAAAAUUAUUCUGUCACCAGUGUCAUUUGCAAGUGUUUUCGAACACAGAUUCUCUGGAAACAUUUUAAUGCCUGGUGCACUAUAUGCAGAAGUUGCUCUUGCCCUUGCACAUUACUGCUUCCAUGAGGAUGGAAAUGAUGUGAACUCCAGCAUUUCAUUGAAAUUCAAACAUCCAGUCUUGUUACAAAAAGACAAGACUGAACAACUUGACAUUGUUAUUACCAAAACUGACAUGUCAAAAUCGUUUACAUUUCAGGUUCAUAAACAAAAUACUGUCUAUGCAGAAGGAAACGUUGACAGAGAACAUUCUUUUGAAAAUGUCACGAUCGAUAUCCAGGAUGUAAAAAUGAGGUGUAGGCAGACUGUUUCAAAACGAGAAUUGUACACACAUCUUCGGGAGAUUGGGAUGACAUUUGGAGAGGCCCUUCAGCUUGUUGGCGAAUCUGUCAAAAGUGAGACAGAAAUCAUGUCAGAGUUGUCAUUGAAUUCAACAAUCAAGAAUGAAAUGAAAAAUACAUCAAUUCAUCCAGCUGUUUUGGACGGCAUGCUUCAGACCACAGCAGUUUUUUACCAUCAGGAAGUAGGCAGCCAGAAGUCACUGCCAGUUAGGAUAGAAGAUCUAAGGAUAAGAAGACCUGUUGAAGAUAAAAUGUUUGUAUACACUAUGGUUCUGAAACAGACUGAUUCCUUUAACCUGUUUCACAUAUAUUUGCUUUCAGUGGAAGGAAAUGUAAUAGCUGAAAUUGAGAGAUUUGUCACCAAGACAUUGGGUUCACCAAACGAAGAAAUGAUGUUUGAAACACACUGGCAUCCAACAGGAAUUCUCCCGACAGACAACAAUCACAUUGCUCCAUCACAUAAAUGGUUGAUUAUCACUAACGAGAAGAUUGAUGCAACAUAUGACAGCUUACAUUCACAGUAUCUUGUGAUGGAUACUGUGGGUGUAAUGCUUGAAACAAAAUCUGUUGAUUUGGAAACAUUGUCUUCAAUAUUAUUCUUAUGUCCAGAGGAAAACAUAGAUAAUUUAUCCAGUGAGACAGUUCUCCAAAUCAUCACCAGACAGGCGAUGAAUCUGAGACGUCUCCUUCUACACCUUCACACACAUAAUGCAAACGUCCCCCUGUUCAUAAUCACGGAAAAUGCAGUACACCUAGAAAACAAAAGUGCCCCAAUAAACCUUGUGGCUGGAUCUUUGUGGGGGUUUGUUAAAUCUGUACUGAGAGAGCAUGUUUAUAAUUUGGCAACCAUUGUUGAUCUACAAACAGAUGACAACCACACAUUUGAUAUCUUGAUGUCUGCUGCCGUUUGGUACCUGUUAAAGUGGGAAAACCAUAAAGAGCUUAAUGAAUUUGUCAUUCAUGAAGAUACUGUUUGGUGUCAGCGAGUGUUUCCAAAUGAUGAAAUACGACUGUAUCGAAACAACAAAUUAGAUGCACUUUGCAAAGCAUCGCUGUUGUCUAGGAAUGAAAACACUGUUUGUCAGCCGUAUCUUCAGUAUGACAAUGAAAAAAUGAACUGUACACUUCCAAAUUUUGUGGAAAUCAUGGCAACAGAGGUUGUGAUUCAUGAUUCAUGUCUGCAUCCACAGUGUGUUCCAAUAUACUGUUCAACAAAUCCUGCUUCAAAUGUAAUUGCUCUGGAAACUGUUGGAAAAGUUUCCAAAUGGAAUGGUGCACACAAACAGGUAGCAGUUUUUUUUCCAUGCAAAGCUGGUACAUUUAUGAGAGUUCCAGAGCAGUGUGUUAUAGGGAUCAACAAAAUAUCAUGUUAUCAGCCAGGAUUUCUGACAAAACUUGUUUUACUCUGGCAUCACUGCAUGUUAAUUGACAAGGAACUGGAUAUAUAUAUUCUUUGUUCUGAGUGUACACGACCUGUGGCAAAAGCACUGUUAUUCAUGCUCCAAACAGAACAACGGAACACCAGUAUUCAGAUAAUGGACAUCAGCCAUCUCGACGUCGCUCAAAUAUACUCCAGAGCAGCUAUAGUGCCAACUGUUCAAUUGAACAAACAUAUCACUGAAGCAAUAUGUAAAUUAUGGCCCAGUGCUAAAACCCUGGUCUGUAUGGAUCAAAUUUUACCAAGGCAUGCUGCUAUAGAAUUGUGUAAUAACAAUCUGACAUUGCAAAUAAAAAUGGUUAGAGCUAGUGAUAUUUUCACUCCUGGUACAGCAAUUCACAUCAUACCUGAAUUAGUGACGUGGAUUCUAAAUCAGAAAGAUGCUGUUUGCAAAGUUUCUCAAGCAUUUCAAGAUCUACAAGCUGAACAAACAGAAACCAAUGUUGCAAAGUUGAUGCAGUGCUCUACAAUUCAAAUGUGUGGUUAUAAUGGAGAGAACAUUCCAGCUGUCCGUGCUUUGGAAAACGCAUUGCUGCGUACAGAUUGUGUGUACAUUGUAGUUGGUGGUCUAACAGGUCUUGGUUGGGAAUGUGUUCAUUUCCUGGCAAAACGAGGAGCUGGUGCAAUUGUGACAAUAAGUCGGAGAAAAGCACAAGACAGAAAAUUGCACGAAAUAGGACAGAUUGAAGCAGAACAUGGUUGUGAAAUAAAAACUGUACAGACUGAUGUCACGGACAUGACAUCGAUGAAGCUAGCUUUUAAAACAAUCGAGGAUACAUUUCCAGGAAAACCAAUAAAAGGAAUUUACUGUGGAGCAGGUGUUCUUGAAGACAAAACCAUGCUCUAUAUGUCAGAAGAUGUCUUUGUGAAGGCUGCAGCACCCAAAAUACAAGGGGCCUGGAAUAUGCAUAUGGUUACAAAAAACAUGCCUCUUGAUUUUUUCAUCAUGCAUUCUUCAGUUACGGCAGUUUUGGGUAAUCCUGGCCAGUCGAACUAUGGAGCAGGCAAUGCCUUCCAGGAUUCAUUAGCACAAAAACGCAGACAAGCAGGUCUUGUAGGACAGAGUAUUAACUGGGGACCUCUAAAUCUUGGCAUGCUUCUGGACAACCCUACUCGUGUGAAAGCUGUUGAAGCACGGGGAUAUAUACCACUCAGCACAGAUGACAUCCACAAAUGUCUUUUGUCUGCUCUUAUGCUAAAUAAACCUACCAUUAUGGCUAUUAGAUUCAACACUACGAAGCUGGCUGAUAGCAUAAUGAAUGAUAAAAACAUGGCUUUAGAGUUCAAAGUAAGUCCUAUCCUUGAUAUCCCAUCCUUGGAAAAGGUACCAGAGGAUAUGCUUAAUGGAAAGCAAAAUACCGAUGUAGAAGAACUGAAACGUGUUGACACCAAAACUAGAUUGAAAGUCAUUACAGACUAUAUCACCAAAUUAGUGGCAGAUGUGCUUUCUCUUAAUCAAGACAUUAUUGAGUUAGACAAAGGCUUAGUACACCUGGGACUAGACUCGAUGCAAGCAAUGACCGUGAACAACCAAAUCUAUGAAACAUUUCAGAUAAGGAUCACUCCAAAUGGACUUUUGCAUCAGAAUCUUUCAGCUAGUGAUGUUAUUGAACUUAUCAACUCAAAACUAUCUACUCAGAUGACUGAAAAUGAGCUUUAUACCCAAGAGGUUUCUUUGUCAUUUCCGGAACAGACUCUGUCAUACAUGGAAUAUACUUUCUAUAAGAUUUAUUGUAAGAAUCCUGCUGAUCCAAGUCUGUAUUAUGUCAAUGAGAUUGCAUUGCCCGACACAAUAGCUCAGCCAGAUGACUGGAAGAGGACAGCUAGCAUACUUAUGUCACGACAUGAGGUUCUGAGGACGACAUUUGAAAACGUACCAGUGAGUGAAAACGUCAGAUGGAAUAUAAGAAGGAGAAUUAACCCUGAAAUGAAACCAGACUUCAGAAUACUGAAAGAAGAAGAUGUCGACGAGAUAGAUAAACACACAACAGAAGCAUUUCACUUGGAAACACAGGGCCCACUCCGCUUCAUAUUCAUUUGUGGUAAAACAUCUUAUUUCAGAACAAUAUACAAUAGUAUAGGAUUUGACAUGCAGGGCAUAGCGGCCAUUUUCAAAGAUAUACAGACAAUAUUUGCAUCUAUCCACCAGAAUACACUGUUGAAAGAUCUGCAUACGACAGGAGGAAGUCUCAUCGUAGUGGAAAUGGAAAAGAUGUUGCAGAAGAAGGGUAAUGAUCUGAAAGAAUUCUGGAAGCAUUGGCUUGAGGUAGACAUCCCAGAAAUUAGGUUGGGUAAAACAGAACAAUCAACGCACCUGGAAUCAGGAACAUAUAAACUGAAGAAAAGAACUCUAGAUUCUGCAGUUUAUGAUUCUCUCCUUGAAUUAUCAAAGUCCAAAGGCUUAAGCAUGUUUAGACUACUAACAAGCAUUUACCAACUGCUUCUUCAUCUCAUGAACAAUGAAACAACUGUGGCAAUUUCAACAACCAUUGAUGUAAAACAAUACAUACCAAAUGUCGAACAUGCUGUUGGUCUUGGAACAAACUACAUACCUCUCUUAGCUAAAUUCCCAUCACAUGAUAUCAGUGUUGAGGAAUUUCUGAAGGACAAUAAGAUUGCACUUCAAAGAUCAAUAGACCACUGUGUGUGUCCUCUUGACACCAUUAUUGAACUGGCUGGAACCGAGAAAAUCACAAACGUUCUUAGGAACAAGAUCGUGUUGGUUGAAGACGAAUUUGUGAUAUCUGUGCUGAAGAAAGCAGAGAAUAUGGGCCACACAGUCGGUGUGACAAAGUCAGAAGACCUGGGCACUCACACAGAAACGCAGUUUAGUUUGUGGAACAGAACAAAAGCAAAGGAAAUGACUUUGAAAUUGACAUACAACUCAAACGUUGUAUCCAACACUCGAGCAAAAAAUAUCAUCAGAGCUUUUCAGGAAAUACUAGCUAUAGUUGUCAGUGACCUUUCAGUAAAAAUUACAGAUCUAAGAGAUUUGGAAAGUGUUAGAAAACUGAAAAGAUGAUUAUGUUUUCUUUGGUUCGAAGGCGUUGUUAUACUGUGUUAAUUGCUAAAUAUUAAGUUACGUUGCUAUCGAACGGAGUAUUUAAAACUACUAAUAUUUACUAAUUUCUGUGAAUCUGCCGGCUUGUUGUUUGUUUAUCGUCAUGUUCGGCAAAUGUGCAUUAGAUCCGAAUCCCGUCAAUUAACACUGUGCUUUAAUCCAAUAAGAAUGUAGGACAGUUUACAUGUGUGAAUUUUCAAGGGCGGAGUUUUAUGAACUAUGUUUUAGCAUCCAAGCCUAUGUUUAAUUUGCUUGAUACUUUUACUGUCCUCGAGCAGUGUUUAUUCGGAUCACUACUAAUGUAGUCAAUGAUGUAGCUAGUGAUAUGUUCUCAUGAAAAAUUAGGUCUUAUGAAAGAUAAGCCAUAGAGAUUCACGUAAGGAUAAUAAUACCAUUAAUAUGAGAUGGUAUUCGGAGGAAUUCGGAGGAAUGUGAAGAUAGAGGGCAUGAGGUUUUAAAAUUACAUUUACUUAAUGAGUAUCUUAAAAAAGUAUUCACUGUCAAAGUAAAUUAUUAAACUCAUAUGACAGAAACUGCAGACUUGACCAUGAUAACAAAAAACUAGUAGACUAUUAACGGUCAAUAAUAUUGGAAAUUAUUGAAAGAGGUUUGUAAUAUGAAUAAUACAAAUAUAUCAUGUUCAGUUCGCUCAUAAAUUGGGCUGAAAGUUAUCAUGUGUAUAUUGAAGGACAGUCUGAUUUUCGUCAGGAAUAGGCACUGUCCAUAAUAUUUUUGUUUUACACUCCUUGAUUACUCUUUUUGUUAAUAAUAACAAAUUAAUGCUUUAGUUUAUUGUUCAAAGGCAUUUGAUUAUGUUGUAAGAGAUAAUAUGUGAUAUAAAUUGAUACAGAUAGGAAUUCUCAGAGAAAUGCUAAAUAUUAAAUGAUCCAUAUACACGUAGUUGUACAAGAUCAUUUGUUAAAACAUGUCAAAAUCUUUUAUUUAUAAUAUUGGUGUUAGUCAAGACGAAUGCAUUUCCACUUGUUUAUUUGCUAUGUAUAUAAAUGACAUAGACAAUAAUUCACAAAGGUAUUUUGUAGAGUCGAUACAGGCAUCCUUAAGCUGUUUAUUCUAUUAUAUGCAAACGACAUAGAUUUAUUAGCGGAAAAUUAAUUAGAUAUGCAAUAUUGUCUGGAUGCUUUGUAUGAAAAUAGUAUAAAUGAAAGUUGUGUGUAAAUAUUGAAAAGACAAAAGGUACAUGGUACUUCGCAAAGGUGGAAGAUUAUCAAAUGUUUUAUUUAAAUAUGUUAACUAUCCAAUAACAAUUGUACAAAUAUUAUAUUUUCAUAUUUAAAUGUUGUAGUUACAACAGGUGUGUGAUUUACUAACAUGCAAAAUACUCUUAUAGGAGUAAAGGAAUGGACCAAAUGCUGAAAUAUUUGUCUCGUUAAAACCUUCCCAUGUGUGUGAUAUGUUUGAUAACUUAAUACAUCCUAUUUUACGGCUGCGAAGUCUGGGUAUUUAUUUAGAGAAAGAGUGCAUUUAAUAUUUUAUAAACAGUUACUUAUACACACUUUAAAACACUGUCCAAAAUGAUGAUGUAUAUGGUGAAUUAGGUAGAUUCCCUUUGAUUGUACACAGACAUUAUAGAAUUCUUAAAUGUUGAUUGAAAAUCAUAAAAAGAUGAGAAAGGGAAAUUUACAACAACAACAACAACAAAACCCAUGUUACAAUAUGGUGUUAAGUGAUAUGGUUUUGUUUCCCAAUACGAUUAACUGGGCUAUACUUGUUAGAAAUUUGUGUACGGAAUGAAAAGUCGUUUUUAUCAUUAUUACGACAACGAUUACACAAUGUUUAUGCAGGGUUGGCAAAGACGAUUAGACCAAUGGCGAACACCUGAUUAUUAAAAUCAUGUGACAGAAAAUGCAGACUUAACUAUGAUAACGAGAAAACUAGUAGACUAUUAACGUUCAAUAAUAUUGGAAAUUAUUGAAAGAGGUUUGUAAUAUGAAUAAUACAAAUAUAUCAUGUUCAGUUCGCUCAUUUAUUUAAAUAUGUAAAUAAUAAUACAACCUGAUGAAGAUGUUGUACAGUUUGUUGAUAGAUACAUGUACGUGAAAUUUGAAGCUAUGUUUCACAAACUAAAUGUUCCAGUUAAUUGUGAUGAAAUUAUGAUGGCUAUUGGUGUUUUAUAUCGUUCUAAGAGUAGUGGUCGAGAUGGUAUUUAAAUGAAUUUAUUAUUUGUACGUUUUCCAUAUUUGUACACUUUAUUCAACACUAGUCUUUGUGUAGUGAGCAAGCAUGGGCUGAUGGGUGUAUUAUAUAACUACACAAAUAGGGUAACAUUAAAAGUAGAUAAUUAUAAUGCUAUUUGGCCAAGUUAUUUACAAACAUCCUUAACAGCACUCUCAUAAAUUGGGCUGAAAGUUAUCAUGUGUAUAUUGAAGGACAGUCUGAUUUUCAUCAGGAAUAGGCACUGUCCAUAAUAUUUUUGUUUUACACUCCUUGAUUACUCUUUUUGUUAAUAAUAACAAAUUAAUGCUUUAGUUUAUUUUUCAAAGGCAUUUGAUUAUGUUGUAAGAGAUAAUAUGUGAUAUAAAUUGAUACAGAUAGGAAUUCUCAGAGAAAUGCUAAAAAUCAAACGAUCCAUAUACAAGAUCAUUUGUUAAAACAUAUCAAAACCUUUUGUUUGUAAUAUUGGUGUUAGCCAAGACGAAUGCAUUUCCACUUGUUUAUUUGCUAUGUAUAUAAAUGACCUACAUGAUAAUUCACAAAGGUAUUUUGUAGAGUGGAUACAGGCAUCCUUAAGCUGUUUAUUCUAUUAUAUGCAAGCGACAUAAUUUUAUUUGUGGAAAAUGAAUUAGAUAUGCAGUAUUGUUUGGAUGCUUUGUAUGAAUACAGUAUAAAAUAAAGGUUGUGUGUAAAUGUUGAAAAAACGAAAGGUACAUGGUACUUCGCAAAGGUGGAAGAAUAUCAAAUGAUUUAGAGUUUAAAUAUGUUAACUAUCCAAUAACAGUUCUACAUAUAUUUUAAUAGUUAAAUGUAGUUACAACAGGUGUGCGAUUUACUGACGUGCAAAAUACUCUUAUAGGAGUAAAGGAAUGGACCAAAUGCUGAAAUAUUUGUUUUGUUAAAACCUUCCCAUGUGUGUGAUAUGUUUGAUAAAUGAAUACAUCCUAUUUUACGGCUGCGAAGUUUGGGUAUGUAUUUAGGGAACAUCAAUAGAAAGAGUGCAUUUAAAAUUUUAUAAACAGUUACUUAUACACAGUGUAAAGCAGACUGUCCAAAAUGAUUGUGUAUAUGGGGAAUUGAGAAGGGGGAAUUUACCAAAAAAAAACCCACAAAAACAACACCACCACCACCACCAUAUUACGAUAUGAUGUUAAAUAAUAUGGUUUUGUUCCCCAAUAAAAUUAACUGGGCUUGUUAGAGAUUUGUGUAUGAAAUGAAAAGUCGUUUUUAUCAUUAUUACGACAACGAUUACACGAUAUUUAUGCAGGGGUGGCAAAGACGAUUAGACCAAUGGCGAACACCUGAUAUUACUGUUUAUACAGUGAUUCAUGAGUUCAUGUCAUCACAGCUGUAUAUAUUCCAUUGAACUCUAUCUAGUGCAAGUUUGGGGUUUAAACCUAGUUUUGGUGUGGCAGUCCUCCUAAGGGCGGUGCAGGAGGGAUGUUAAGGAUAUCCUAAGGGAGCGGCGGUCCUCCUAAGGACAAGCACCUGAUAAUGGAUCAUGGAAGCAAUCACGACUUUGUCUAAAGUGUCUUUUCGACUUUGCCGUGUGUAGAGAUACGAUUUUAUUACGGAAUACGGUUUUGUCAUUCAGAUUCAAGAAAAUCGCUUUGUAGACAUCUGUCAAAUAUUUUUUGUUAUAAAUAGUAUUUACACAGUAUUUCUGUUGAAAAAUAUGGUAUUACUUUAACGUGACUAAGCACUGCUUCUCAUAGAUUACUAAUAGAAACGGGAAAAUGGGCAAAUCUUAACCCAUAUGCACUGGAGAUUCGUAAAUGUGAUACUUGUGAUUUAAUUGAAGAUUAAAUUCAAUUUUAUGCUUGUUUGUAUUGUGUACAUAUCUAUCAGACAUUUUGUAAACCCAGUAUAUUUAAAUGUAUCGAAUUAAAAAAAUGAAAGAAUAGUAAGACGGUUAGCAUUUAAAAUAUAUUAUAUACUUUUGUACAAUUAAGUUGCCAGUGGCGGAUCUAAAGGGGGGCAGGGGCCCGAUCCUUAAAUUUUGCGACAGUUAUAUUUUUAUUUAUUGUUUACGUUGGAGAAUCCGAGGAACGCUCUUGGCCACGUCAUUGGGAGCCCCCCCCCCCCCCCAAUGGAUUUCCUGGAUCCGCCACUGGUUUCCCCUGCAUGUGAAUGAAUAAUUAUAAAGUUUCAUAUCAAAUGUAUGUAUAAAUACAUGUAUGUAUGUGUGUGUGUGUGUG